GUGCAUUAUUAUUUUGCUGACGACAUCAGACGCGAACAAAGCCCCCAAAAAUAAUACCUAAAAUCUGCCGAAUAUUGCAUUUAUUAUAUACAUAAUUUUGUGCUUAAAAUGCGCUGUUUGCCGGGCUACGGUUACGGCCUCACGUUUCUGUUUUUGAGCACCGUUCGCAAUGAACAAAAGGAGCUGAACAUUUCGCCGGUUCACGAUGUGAAUGUCACCAAAGCCACGGCCACUUUCGGCAUGGGUUGCUUCUGGGGCGCAGAAUCCCUGUAUGGAGCCACACGUGGAGUUUUGAGAACCACCGUGGGCUACGCCGGCGGCAGCUCGGAUUUGCCAACGUACCGUAAAAUGGGCGAUCAUACGGAGGUGCUGGAAAUCGACUAUGAUCCCACGGUCAUUAGCUUCAAGGAGCUGCUGGAUCUGUUCUGGAACAACCAUGAGUAUGGCCUGACCACGCCCAUCAAGAGACAGUACGCCUCCUUGAUUCUGUACCAUGAUGAGGAGCAGAAGCAGGUGGCUCACGCCUCCAAAUUGGAGGAGCAAGAGCGCCGUGCCCCGGAGGUCAUAACCACUGAGAUUGCAUCCAAGGAGAACUUUUACCCAGCCGAGGCGUACCACCAGAAGUAUAGGUUGCAGGGCCACAAGGAUCUCGCCUCCUCGCUGAAUCUCAGCCCCAAACUGCUGCAGACCAGCUAUGUGGCCACCAAACUGAAUGGCUACCUGGCCGGAGUCGGCGGCAUCGAGCAAUUCAAGUCGGAGGCGGAGACCAUGGGUCUGACGCCCACCCAGCGGCAGUACUGCUACUACCACGUGGAGCAGAACGAGGGCCAGGGUCUCUACUGCUGACAUGGCCGAAUCUGCAUAGACGUUAAGCGUAGAUCGUACACCUAGGGGGGUAAUUUUAUGGAUAGUUUGCUUGUUCAAAAACAAAUUGUGUAUUACAUAGACUUAGAAACGCAUGAAAUAUAUAUGAAACACA